AUGCCUGGAAGCAUUAAUGAAGGACACGAAGCAUUCGCUGUCCAAGGUGCUGAACAGCCUCAGCAUCUCCAUCAAGAAUAUUUAACGACUACUACUACUACUACUGAACAUCAUCAGCAACAAUACGCAGAUGACGGUUUUGAAGAAUACUCUGAAAAGCCUGCUGCUCCUGUAAAGAAGCCCUUUUAUAAGAACAAGAAGUACUGGAUUAUUUGCUCCAUCAUCACAGUCAUUCUCGUUGUCGUUGUUGUUCUUUUAAUCCUCUUUGUCGCCUUCCCUAAAAUCGCUCAAUCCACCUUGAACCACUCUGAAAUCGAGGUCAAUACCGCUCAAAUUAGCUUCCAACCUCCUGCUGACUCUAACCUUCAACCUGUCGCUGGCGCUGAUCCUAAUUCCACCUUCUAUAUGCAUAUGGUGACUGACCUCAAAAAGACUGGCCCCUUCAGUGCUGAUAUUCAGUUUGAUGAUAACAUUGAAGUCAUUUACAAUAACACUGUACUCGGUACAAUUACUCUUCCUGAUACCCACAUUGGAGGCGGACAUGGUUCCAUCGACACUGUCACCCCUUUUAUGAUUACAAAUGUUGCUGCUUUCUCUGAAUUCUCUCGUUACAUGUUGGCUGCUGAGAAGUUUACUUGGACAUUGAAUGGUAAAGCAAAGAUUACUGCUUUAACAAGAACUGCUGAGGUCACACUAAACAAGGACAUUACGCUGGAAGGCAUGAACGGUUUUCCUCAAGUCAGAAUCAACUCUUUCCAACUUCCUGGUGAUGCUAUGAACGGUGGUAUUUUGAUUGAACUCGGCACUGUCUUGACCAGUCCUUCUCCUAUUGGUGUUCAACUAGGCCACAUUGAGAUGAACAUUGGUUACGAUGGCAUCGAUCUUGGUCUUGUCCACGCUGAUAAUGUGACAUUGCAAAAGGGCGACAACAACAUCUUACUUUCUGGUAUCAUGAAGUCUCAAGCAAACGACCCUGCUGCGCAAGCCAAGGUCAGCACACUCUUCUCCAACUACAUUGCUGGCAAGGUCUCCAAUACCACUGCUGUUGGUGUGUCUGCUGCUCCUGAUGGAAAGAACCCUAUUACCUGGCUUUCGGAAGGUCUCAAGUCUGUUACUCUCAACGUUGCUCUGGCUGCUGACAAGCCCUUGAAGAUCAUGAACUCUGUCUCCAUGGGCUACUUGGAUCUCAACUUUAAUAAGGAUGCUCCUUACACUCCUAGCGUAAAGGCUCCUGUUGUAACUGCUGGUUUCACCAUUCCAUUUGGCUUUGAUUUGAACAUUACUGAAGUAACCCAAAACAUCACUCUUGGUCUCAACAAGACCACUGGUUUCGAGAGCUUUGCUGUCAUGAAUGUCCCUUAUGUUCCCUCUACCAGUGACCAAAAGUCUGGCAAGCUCCAGUUUGCUAUUGAUAACACCAACCUUGCUGGUAUCGCUGGUAAAGAAUCCGUUUAUAACGAGUAUACUUACGCCUUGACUGCUAGCAACAACUACACCUUCUUGGUUGCUGGUAAUGCUACUACCAAGGUCAACACGACUAUCGGUCCUCUUGUUCUCUCUGGCAUCAAUUUUGAGCUUCCUACUGAGCUUCACGGUCUCCAAUUCUUGAACUCUACUGCUACUGUUAUCAACUCGCUUGAUGUUACUGGCGGCCAAAGCGACCAUCUUGAGUUGGGCAUCAACGUUACGAUGGAGAACCCCUCUGAUUUCAGCAUUGCCACUGGUGAUGUGACCUUUGCCAUGUUGGCUGACGAUACCAACUUGGGUACUGUUACCUUGUCCAACUUGACCUUAAACCGUGGUGUCAAUACUCUCCUGGCUGCUGCCAAGUUUGACCCCAAGUCUUCUGAUGUUGGACAAAACUUGUUGAGCACCUUUGUGAUGGGUCAAGACAAUGGCGUUCAAAUUGGCGGUACCAACGACUCCACUCCCAUUGCUUCUCUUAUCGGCGCUCUGUCCCAAGUGUCUCUUGCUUCUACUUUGCCCGGUCUCAAGGUUGCUUUGAUUCAAGGCUCUGCUUUGACUGUCCGUCCUACCACUCUUUCUGAUGGCGUUGUCGGUGUCAAGGUUUCCAUUGCCAAUCCCUUCUCUGCUGGCAUGUCCAUCACCAAGGUUGUCUCUGCUGUUACCUACAAUGGCAUGCCCGUUGGUAACAUCGACCAAGAUAUCAGCAGCAACCCCAUUGUCAUCCCUGGCAAGGCCACUGUUCAAUCCGGUGAACUCGACAUGAAGAUGAAUACUGAACCUGCUGUUGUUGCUCUCUUGCUCCGUUCUCUUGCUGUAACAUCUCAACUGGACACUCGCCCUCUGGAUGCUUUGCUCACUCUGGGUGGUUUCAACAUUGAAGGCCAAGAAAACGUGGCUGCUGACUCUAGCUUGUUCAAUGGCUUCAACAUCUCUACCUUUGUUAUGGAUGCCAUGAAGAGCUUGAAGGUUGAUUUGUCUCUUGCCUCUGAUUUAGCCAUCGGCCAGUAUAUCAACACCCUCAGCUUCUCUCAAGGUGGUGUCCAAACUGCCACUGAUAACACGGUUACUGGUCUCAUCCCCAUCGUUGGUCAACCCAUCGUCCAACAGAUUGUGGACGGCUCUGUCCUUGGCUUUGACUCCAUCAUCAUGUCUUCUCCUACUGAAGGUAGCUUCAAGGUCCAAAUGAAGGGUUCUAUUGCCAAGACUGGCCCCAUGGCUGCUACUAUCAGUUUCCCCACUCCAUUGACUGUUUCUUGGGGUGGUAAGAAGCUUGGUGUUGUCACCAUGCCCGCUCUUGAAGCCAAGGCUGAUGUGGGUGCCUCUUUCGAUGUCAGUGGUGAUUUCACUAUUACUGAUACCAAUGCCAUGUCUGAAUUCGCUGCCUACAUGAUCAAUAACAAGGAUUUCGUCUGGGACAUUUACAGUACGGAUGUCAGCGUCAAUGCUUUGGGUUUUACCUUCAGCAAGAUCUCCAUGGAGAAAUUCGUUACACUUGCUGGUGCCAAUGGUUUCAAGGAUGCUGUCAAGAUUACUGCCUUUGAUCUUCCUUCCAAUGACCCUGCUGGUGGUAUCACUCUCACUGCUCAAACCACCAUUAACAAUCCCUCUCAAGUUGGCUUCAACUUUGAAGGUGUUGGAUUUGAGUCUUACUACAAGGGUGUUGACCUUGGUCCUCUUGGUUCCGCUGGAAACGCCGUGUUCCCUGCUCAAGGUACUGCCAAUUUGGCCAUGAAGGGUCGCCUUGUCCAUCAAGAUUCUGCCGAGGGUAUUGCUGCUGUUACUGAAGUCUUUGAAAACUUCUUGAAUGCCAAUAGCUCUACCUUGUCUGUUAAGGGCGUUUCUGCAUCUGGCCCCAACGGUGUGGUCCAAUGGCUCUCUGCUGCUUUCAAGACCAUCAAGAUUGAUAAUGUCGUCCUCCCUGGUCCUCCUGCCAAGCCCAACUUGAUCACUGCUGUUACCAUGAAGGAUAUGCAAAUCGAUUUCACAAAGAAUCCCUUUGCUCCUCCUACCAGCUCUCAAAAUGUCGAGGCUCAACUCAAGAAUCCCUUUGGCUUCCCUCUUGGUGUCAAGUCUCUCAACAUGAAGGUAGAUGCUAACUCUGAAGGUCACAAUGUUGCCAACUUGGAAGUCCCAGAAUCUCCUGCUACUACCUCUGCUGAUGGUAUUGUUCACACUGCCUUUAAUGGUAUUCCCUUCAAGGUUUACUCUGGCUCUGAGGCUCUCUUCACCAAGUUUGUUGCUGGCCUUACGUUGGCUCCUGUUGUUCCUUUCGGCCUCAAGGGUGUCGUCAACUCUGUCGCUCAAACUGCUGUUGGUGAUCUCAAAUUGGGUAACAUCAACUUUGAUGUUCAAACCUCUUUGGCUGGCUUUGCUAGUUUCGGCGGCACCACUGAAAUUGUCUCCCUCAAGGUAGUUGGUGGCACUGCUACCUACAUUGCUGUUGAUCUUGUCAUUGCUCUCAACAAUCCCUCUCAAAUUACCAUCACUGCUGGUGACCUCAACUUCGAUGUCAUUAUGGAUGCCUCUGGUUCCAAGGUGGGUGUUGUGACCUUGACAAACACUGUGAUCAAGCCUGGUAGAAACGAGAUGCCUGCUAGCAUGAAGAUGACCUCUACCGAUCUUUUGUCUCUCUCCAAGAUGCUCACCAACUACUUGACCAACCAAGUAACUCCUUUGACUGUCAAGGGCUCGGCUGCCUCUACCAAGAUUAUUCCUCUUCAACCUGGUCUCGCUCAAGUUGCUCUCAAGACCAACAUGCAAGGUAUUCCUGCCUCUCUUGUGGUUGAAAACCAAAUGAAGAUGGUCGGCUUGACUCCUCAUAUUUGGGUCAAGUUCUACAAUCCUCUUGAUACUCCUUACACUGUUGCUGGCGUCAACUGUAAUGUCUUCUUCACUAGCAAAGAUGGUAAAUACUUGCAAUUGGGUACACUGUCUGGUGCUAUUGAACCUCCUGUCACUGUUCCUCCCAAGGGUACUGCUACCAAUGUGAAUGAGUUGAUCUUAAAGGUGCAACUCUUGAACGCUAUUUCAUUCCUCCAAUUGCAGGGUGAUGCUAGAAAGGUUGAUCUUUUCCAAAAUGUCACUGUUGUUGUUGGAGAAGGAUUCCAUGGUGGUAUGUACUACGAGCAAAAGAAUGUCCCUGUUGUCGAUAGAGAUACUGCUGCUACUGCACAAGCUCUUGAUUUGGCUUUAAAGGGCAUGCCUGGUGCUGCUAAUGCCACUUCAUCUGUCGCUUCUUCCUCUGCUACUGCUACUUCUACUACCAUCAUUGACACUGCCACCACUACUCAAGUUGAGCAAGCUACUCCCACUACUACCACUACUGAGCAAGCCGCCGCUACUACCACUACCGUCGCUGCCGCUAACGAACCUUCUUCCACUCCUGAAGCACCCAACACCGCUGCCACUACUGCUGCUUCAUCUCAACCUGAAGCAGUUGCUGCCAAUAACUUUGUAUUACCCUACUAA